AAUAUAUCAAUAUGAAACCUAUACAUUGCAUAUUUAUGUUGUAAAUUAUAUUAAAUAGUCAAACGACCCCAGUUUAAACACCCACGUAAAAGUUUAUCUACAAACACCAGGAUUUGCAGACUGAUAGCAUUAGCGGAAUUGGCUGAACUCGAUGUUCCAUCCGCUCUAAUUAAUAAUUUCAUCAGACGAUUCUAAUUUAUAGUUUUAAAAUAUGAAUAAUUGUGUUUGGAAUUAUUGUGGUUUAAUUAUAUUGCUGUGCAUUUUUAAUGUAAGAAUAUCUUUUUCACAAUAUAAUAAGCCAUGGAGUGAUAAAUAUGAAAACAAUAAAUGCCCCAAAUUAUUUCCAAAAAAUUUUGUGAAUUAUGCUCCCGUAGGGAACCUUACUGCUGGAAACUACACAGAGAAGACUGGGAUAAAAGGUCUCCCUCAAUGUGUAAUGGCAUGUUGUCUUAGUGAGACAUGUAAUAUUGUAUUCAUUGUCGACUCAAGAUGUUUCCAUGUCGAAUGUGUCAGUGAUGAGCUGUGCUUGCCACUACCGAAGACUCCUGGUAAUCGCAAAUGGGAUGCACAUCUUUCAAUGAUAUUAGUUAAACCUGUUCUACCUAAUGAAAAUUGGUCGGACAUAUUAGAUCUAUCUAGUUAUUCAGAAGUCAGCAACAAUUUCUCACCUGAAGAAGAAUCACUCUAUGCACCUUAUUCAAAUCAUCACAAUGAAAUGCUAUCUGAAGUUGAAGACUCAAAUUUCUUGUCCCACUUCAUUAACAAUUUGCCAAAUAUGGAAGAGAGUGAAGGGAACAAUUAUAAUAAAUUUAGAGAAUCUAGUGACAGUGACAUGAUAAUGGACUCAACAAAUUAUCUUGAAAAUGUACCAUGUGAUAUGGGUGCUGGUGAUUGUCCAAUCAAUUCAGAUUGUAUACCAAUUGGACUAAAAGGAGGUCAUGGUAUCUGUAAGUGUGUGCCAGGUACAGAGCUUAUACAAAGCUCUUGUGUACCAAUACGGCCAUAUUCAAAGGGACCCACAAUACCUAUUGAUUCAAUUAAAAAAAGUGAUGAAAUAAUUCCUGAUUCAAAAAAUGAUAACUUAAAAACUGACACUUCAUCUCCUAAAACCAUACAAAAUUUAACUGUUUCUGUAUCAGAUAAAGAGGUUCAAUUGCCAGACAAUGAAGUGACUUUAGCGGCUUAUACAAUACCCAAUGAAAAAACAAGUAAUAGACAUUACAACUAUGUGUGGACCUUAGUAGAUCAGUCAAAGGGUGGUUUUACUGGAAAUAUGCAUCAAGAUGGUGCUACUGUUAAACUUACGGAUCUCACCGAAGGACAAUACAGAUUUAAAGUGACAGUUAAUGGCACUGAUUCAUAUGGAGAGGAAUAUGCUACUGUGACAGUAUUGCCUAAAGUCCGAAAAAAUACGCCACCAGUAGUAGUAAUUACACCACAGACACAAACUGUGAAACUACCCAAUUCUGGUGCUGUACUUGAUGGCAGUGCUAGCAAGGAUGAUGUUCAGAUAAUAUCAUGGCAUUGGGAUUUAACUUCUGGACCUAUAGGAUUCCAACCACCACUUGAAGAUAUACCCACUUUAGUGCUGAAAGAUCUAAAACAGCCUGGUGUCUAUACAUUCAAAUUAACAGUUGAGGACUCUGACCAUGUCAAGAAUUCAACCACAGCUAAUAUUACUGUUCUAAACCACACAGACUAUCCUCCUGAAGCCAAUGCAGGCCAAGAUGUAAUAAUAUACUUGCCAAAUAAUAAUCUCACGUUGAACGGGAGUUUGUCCACGGACGACCACGAGAUUACGUCAUGGGAAUGGACUAAGUCGACGGAAGAUGAAAACAAAGCUGUAGAUAUGCAGAACACACACUCACCUUACUUACAGCUAUCCAACUUAUCUGAGGGUGUGUAUACGUUUGUGUUGAAAGUAACAGAUUCAUCAGGUCAGUUUUCUACUGCUGAAGUGCAUGUUUUCGUGAAACCACCAACAAACACACCACCUGUAGCGGAUGCCGGUUCUGAUAUGUUCAUAUCUCUACCUCAAACAUGGAUAACAUUGAACGGUACCGGUUCGCACGACGACCACAAGAUCGUUGCAUACACUUGGCGUUGCUUGUCCGGCCCCACUAACUCUAACAUAAUCAACUUUAACGAAUCUGUAGCCAACGCUACGGCCCUCACUAAGGGGCAAUACAUGUUCUCGCUGACUGUUCUGGACGAUAACGGAAACUCCGCUAGUAACAACGUAUCAGUCACCGUAACUCAAAAUAAAAACAGUCCACCAAAAGCAGACGCCGGAGGAGAUCAAGUGUUAAAUCUACCCAUAUCUGUGCUGAUCCUUAACGGUUCGAGGUCAUCGGACGACUUUCGGAUAGUCACGUGGAAAUGGUCGCGAUCAGGGUCUGGCUUAGCCGCUGGUACUGUCAUACUUAAAUCGGACACGGAACCUGUACUAAUGCUAACAGAUAUAGAACCUGGUAGAUAUGUAUUUGAGCUGACCGUAACUGACGAUCAAGGCGAGUCGGAUCGUGACACUGUGAGCGUGCAAGUCAAACCUGACCCACUGGAGACAAGUCUACUAGAGAUGACACUGAAUAUACCUGUCUCAACAUUUACACAAAGCCAACUAGACUCUCUUGUACAAAAAAUGACAUUGUUAUUGAAGGACGACAUAAAAGUCAAUAUCAGUGCAGUUAGAGGUCAAGUGGAUUCUGGAAAUACACAACUCAUCUUUUUCUUGUCGAAGGAGGGUAAAGCGAUGGAGGGUGCGGCGGCGCUGCCGCUGUCGCGGGCGGCGAGCGCGGCGGCGGGCGGCGGUGGCGGGGGGGGCGGCGGCGGCGGAGUGCGCGUGCGCGCGGUGGCGUGCCUGAGUGCGUGCUCGGGCCGCGGCGCCUGCGACCGCGCCACGCGCACCUGCCACUGCGACGCCUUCUGGAUGCAGAGCCUCUUCACGCAGUUCGAUCCCGACGCGAUGCCCGACUGCGACUGGUCGGUGGUGUACGCGAGCCUGGGGCUGGUGGCGGCGCUGGUGAGCGCGGGCGCGUGCUGCUGGGGCUGCGCGCGCGCCGCUCGCCGCACGUGUGCGCCGCGCCCGCGCUCGCGCCCCAAGUACCGCCUGCUGCCGCUCGCCGCGCACGACGACGCGCCCUUUACGGGUAAAGACGUGUCAGAAACUGAAACGGAUUCAGAUGUUUUAUUUGAAUCUAAAGGUCAGACGACAUCAUUCCUAUCGCGAUCAAUGAACGGAGACGCACCCCAAGGGAAUGGAUGGAAGAAAAACGGACAUUAUAAAGGAAAUCGUAAGAUUAAAACGUAGCCAUCUAAAAUGUACCGUCUCUGUCAUUAAAUUAGUAUCGGUCAGUACAAGUGUUCUUAGAAACGUUACCGAAAAGAUUUUAGUUUCAAUAAAAAUCACUGUGACAAGCUAAUAUUUUUAAGAAUUACUUUUUUGGACUGGUAUUGUCUGGUAUGUAAUUCUUGGGUAUGUAGUAUAGCACAUAUCCUCGUUAUAGUUUCGAUAUAUCGAAAAACCUUUUCAAAUUAUACGGUUAAUGUAAGCAAAAGGUUAAAAUCAAAAUAAGUGUACCAGACUAUAUCUACAAUACAUUUUACUAAUGUAAAUGAAAGGCUAUGACGCUAGUAAAAUAUGACAAUUACCAUAAAGAGCAUCGAAAUUAAUGAAUAGUAGAACCAAUCAGAUUUUGUACUGUAGGAAACAUUUUUCGCAUGCCGUAUAGUAGUUAUAGUGAGUAAUUGUUAAUGACCCUGAAAUUUAUAACAACGAAUAAACGGAUUUUGUAUCAAACUUACAGAAUAACGCACAAUAAGUGGCAGAAGAUUUAUCAACAAAUCCAGCUUCCAUUUCUAAGUCAAUUAACGUAAGCCAUCAAUAAAUUGAAUAGUAAUAGAUAGGUUGAGUUUACUAUUACUAUCUUUUCCUGAUUUUGAUGAAUUUCUAGCGUUAUCCAGAACGCAUCAGGCUUUUGUAAAUUUUCUUCCACUGAUUUCCAAUACAAUAGUCUGUUUUGUAGUAUUUAUCUAGUAAGUACAUAUUAUAAUAUAUAUUAUUAUGAUUAUAGUUUUGCCAAAACAGUAAUGUUAACAUUUAUUCACGUUAUUAUUAUUUGCAUUAAAAGACAUUACAAGGCAAUUAAAGAUGUGAUAAAUUUUACAAUUUUAUUGAUUUUGGUAUUUGAUAUCCCAGUAUUAUUUUUUUUAAAUAAGUCAACCAUGAUGUUUUACGUAACUAAGUCAAUGAAUUAUGUAUAACUAUAUAAGAUAUUAGAUAAAAUUAAUAAACUUUCCUACUGUUGUUAUGCCAUUAUGUACAGAAAAAAGUAUGUGCCUAUUUAAUUUUAAUUUACUAACGAUACUUGAGGUAAAUAGUGUCUGCAAGGGAUAUCUGAUUCUUUAGCAAGGUUGUUACGGUUGGAAAUAUUUUUAUCCAAUCCUGUGACUAGAUGCACUGUGUAUGCAUUAUUACACUCGAAAUUAUGAAAUUAAAAUUAAUAGUGUAUAUGGAUAAUAGCAAAGUUAAAAUUGUUUAAAUUGAACUUCUUUCUACAUAGGUAAGUACAUUGGAAAUAAUUGAUAAAAAUAUUCAUACAAACUAUGCGGACAGUUAAUUUAUAUGGUAUUUAUAAGUUCCAAAUUUAUUGUCUUUUACUUCUUGGUGAAAGUGGUUC